AUGAAAUUUGAAAAUAUAAUAGUCAGAAGGAACCAAGAUUAUCAGCAUCAGGUGCUUUUCUCUAAGUAAACAUUCUAAAAGCAAUGGAUAAUACUUUAAAUUCUCAAAAUUCCAAAAAGAAAAUGUUCAGAUGAAACCAGUCCUAGAAGUCAUAUUGAUGAGAGUGAUGAAGAUUACAUUAUGAGAAAGCCACUCUCCUCGUUUAUCGACGAAUUUCAGGAAAUAGAAAUGGAUAAAAUGUCUGUUCGAUUGUAAUUACCCGUUGAAAAAAAUGAGUAUAAAUUAAACGUAAAUAAGGAUAACUACAGCUAGGCCUCAAACAGCUUCAGAGGAAAUCACAAUAAAUCAGUUAAUGAGAAGUAUAUUUUUCAUUUAUUGUAAAUUGCUAUUAAAGAAAAGCUCAUUAAAAAGCUUAUCAAUCUGCUUGCACGAUAAGAAACAGAGGUAGAGUAACAGUAUCAGAGAAGGAUAAGAGAGUAGAAAAAGAAGGAUGAUGAAGAAAGAUUCAAGAAAAUGCUAUUUUAUCAACCUUCAGGCUAAGCAGGGAGUAAUGAUCCUGAAAAGCAAGCACUAAUGGAGCAACUAAAGAAACUUGAAGAAGAAAAUGCUAAAAUCAAGGAAUAAAUUGAGGUGUUCUAAGAUAAUAAUGAUAACUUAUAGCAUAUGUCUGAAGAUUGCAUUUCAGUGGCAGAACGGUUUCGAGAAGAGGCGGAAUAAUGUAGGCUUGACAUAAAAUAUAUGAGAGACGAGCUAGAUAUCUAAAAAUAGCUUGAAGAGGAAAGAAUAUAAAACUAAGAAUAAAGACAUCGAGAAGAAUUGCAAGCUAUUUCUAAUAAGAUUGCUUAGAUGAGAGUUGACUUCGAUAAGGAAAUUCUAAUAAAAGAUGCAUUGAUAAAGAAAAUAGAAGCGAAGAAAGAUGAAUAUAAGACAUAGCUAAAGUAAGCUAUAGCUAUUAUGAGGAUUCCAAGGUUAAUGAAUUAAGCUGAAAAAAUGCUGAAUUUUGAUAGGAUUGAAAUUACACAGCUAAGUCCAAAGAAAAGUCCAGAGAGGUAAAAUGAGAAAAUAGAUAAAACAUCUGAGGUUAGCAAGUAUACUAAACUUAUUUAAUCAAGAGCUAGUCGAAAUCAGUCUGGAUGGAAGCCUAAAAUAUAGACCUCAAAUAACUUUUUACUGUCUCCAAAGGCGAAAAGCCUCAAAUCAAGAAGAACAUAUAGCAGGAAUAACAAUAAUACAGCUUUUAGCAACGUUUAAAUUCAAUAAUUGCUAACCAACUAUCUGACUUAAAAUUCCUCAUUUGAUGUUCUAUCUCCAGAAAUAAAUCGAUUUAAUAAUGGAACUCUUCAAAGCUUCAAUUAUCAAUAGGCAGAUAAAUUCAAUUAAGUCAGACCACAAUCUACAUAUUUUAAUAGAACUACUUUAGCUACAGACAAAAAGGAUAUAUUGUAAUCAAUUAAUGCUAAUAAAAUGUCAUUUUAACCUUCAAGAUCAACUUUAUUAUCAAAGCAUAAGGGAUAAGUUUCAAGAGCUCAAAGUCGAUAUAGAAAUUAGAUAGUUAACGGAAACUAAAAUAUGCUACUUCAAGAUUCCCCAUAUGAAUCAAUCAAUGAUCUAUCUGCCCAUUUACUGUCAGACUCUCAUAUGAUCACCUAACCUGUAGGAUUAUCACAAACAACAAUUCUUCAAAGAAGAUCUAAACUUAAGAAUGAAAGUCUAAGAAUUAAUAAAGAUUCCAAUAUUUCUAGCUCUUAGUUUGACCCUUCUGUAUAAAAACUAUAUUGA